CGAAUAUCGGUGGCUUGUAUCCUUAAUAAUAGUGAACAUACAACAUAUUUCUGUGUCUUGACUUUCUGCUCCAGAAACCAAGAAAUGGACUCACAAUGGAGAGCCAAAAGACUAUUUCCAUUCCUAGGAAUACUCUUGCUGCUCUCUCUUCUUUACCUUGACUUCAACAACAGUAACAACAGCUACUUCAGUUUUCCAAUCUUUUUAUGGCAACCCAAGAUGGGAUUUGUCUCAACCAACUCCACACAAUUCAUCAUCAUCGAUGAUGGAGGUGGUGGUGGGGUGUCUGCAUUUUAUGUUAAUGGGUGGAAUUCAUAUUGGUUGAUGAUGAAGAGUGUGUGGAGUCCAUCAAGAUCAAAGGUUUCUGAGAUGCUUAAGAGAGGAGCUCAAAUGGGGUUGACUGUUUGCCGGACUUGGGCUUUCAGUGAUGGUCGUGGUCCUGAUGCUUUGCAGGUCUCUCCAGGUCUCUUCAAUGAGAGGGUCUUCAGGGGAUUAGAUUAUGUGAUAGUUGAAGCAAGGAGGAAUCAUAUAAGGUUAAUUCUCAGUCUAGUGAAUAAUCUUGCUGCAUUUGGUGGAAAAAAUCAGUAUGUAAAGUGGGCAAAAGAAGCUGGAGUUAAUGUCUCUUUAUCAGAUGACUCAUUCUUUUCAAACCCAGUCAUUAAAGAUUACUACAAGGCUUACAUUAAGGCAGUUGUGAAGAGAAAGAAUUCAUUAAGUGGAGUUAGGUACUCGGAGGAACCGGCAAUUUUUGCUUGGGAGCUCAUGAAUGAGCCUAGGUGUGCAUCCAGUUCUUCUGCUCCUGUUCUUCAGGCAUGGAUCGCUGAGAUGGCCGCAUAUAUCAAAAGCUUGGACAAAAGACAUCUAGUGACUGUCGGGCUAGAGGGAUUUUAUGGCCUGAAUACAACUAACAAGUCAGAAGUGAAUCCUGGGAUUUGGGCAGCAUCACUUGGAACAGACUUCAUACUGAAUUCAGCAAUAGACAACAUCGACUUUGCUUCUGUUCAUGCAUACCCAGAUAGCUGGAUUCCACAUGCUGAUUUGGAAGCAAAAACUACUUAUCUUUCUAAUUGGGUGGAUUCUCAUAUAAGUGAUGGAGACUUUGUGCUGAGGAAACCAGUUCUUUUCACAGAAGUCGGCUCAAGAUGGGAUGUGGAUGGGAAAGGAGUGCAUGAGAGAGAUGUUUUGCUGAAAGUAGUGUACGAUAAAAUUUAUGAAUCCGCAAUGAAGAGGCAGGCUGGUGCUGGUGCCUUGAUCUGGCAGUUGUUAGUUGAAGAUGUGGAUAGAUACAGUGAUCAGUUUUCUUUCAUACCACGGGAUUCUCCUUCUACCUAUAAACUGAUAGAAGAACAGUCAAGUAGGCUUCAAAGAAUUUCUGCAGGACACAACAGAGCAAGGAAGCCUGAAUGAGUGGAUCCUGUUGCUUCGGUCGCUUGUGAAUGAGAGGAAACCAAACAAAGCAAAUGGUAGUGUUUUAGUUGGAAGGCAGUCUUAAGAGUUGAUACAAUUCUUGUAAGGCUCAAACGAUAGGUGCUCGAAAUGGAAGAAUGAAAAGAAAAGAUAAAGAAGUGUGAAACUUAUUCAGGUUUAAUCAAUUCUAUUCAAAUUCAAGGCCAGAAGAUUUGAACAUAUCGAAUAUAUAUUGCUGGCAUGAGCACUUGUGUGAUUUGACUGAAUUCCCCUGGGAAAUGCUCUUUGAAUGAUGUAACUUGCCCUGAGACUUUAUGCAUUUUGUAGUUGUUGUAUUGUAUCAGAACAUGUACAUUGAUUCAUUCCAAAAAUGUAUACUUCAAUUUUUUUGCAA